AUGGCCUUCCGUUACGCCUUCCGCGCCGCGCGCGGCGGCUUCCGGUAUGCUGCGUCGCGACCCGCAUUGGCGGCCGCUGCUACGACUGUCACGGGAUCUGCAGUGGCGGGCUACGCUUGGGCAAAGCCAAGCGCAUGCCAGACCUCUUCGCUAGUAGAUGUGUCUGGCCUAACGAAGGUUGCCAAGACGGACGAUGUGGGGCUCCUACCACAGCCAACGAACCCCAAGUACAAGACCGCGCUGGUCCAAAUCUACGUGGGUUCCCAGCCCUUUGGCGGCUCCGACAAGAGCGCCAGCGGCCACCGUUACGACUCCAUUCCCAUUGCCAACGGCAUGAUCGCUUCGGGCAUGAGCUGCCAGCUGGUCCACUACGUGCCAGAGGAGCACGACGCCUUCAUCAAAACCAUGGAGGGCUUCGAUGCAAUCAUCGUGCGCUGCAAUCCUGGCCAGAUCAACGCAGCGGGCGGCGAUCAAAUGAAGUUCGAUGAUGCCAUGCGAGGGCUGCAAAAAAAGGGCAAGCAGGUCUGGCCCUCUCCCGAUGUGAGCCGGCUGGUGCACCGACUCCCGGCGAGCUCGGCGGCAGCUUUGGAGGCCUCCUUCGGCUACGGGACCUGUGACUGCCUCGCGUUGCUGGGGCUCGUGGUCCCUUUGGAUGGUCGGCCCCCCUCCCUGAAGUGCUACGACGUGGUCAAGGUGGAGCGGCGAAUCAAGCUGAUUGGCAUUGCGGCGCAUACGCUCGAGCUCAAGCAGCGGAUGCUUCGGACCCUUGUCCUCCCGAAGCUCACGUGGUCGGGUGGCUUUGCCACAGUACCGAGCGAGCAGAUGCAGAAGCUGGUCAACGCCUUCAGGGUCGCGCUCACGAAGGCCACUGCAGUCGAUGCACCGCAUGUGCUGUACUAUGAGGUGGGCCACUGGUCGUGCCACCCAGAGUUUGCAAGGGACUGGGCUGCGCUCCGCGAGGCCGAGCGCAUCCACAGCAGGGAGCCCGUGUGGAUCGAAGAAGCUUCGCUCCGCCUGGCUGCUCGGAAAUGGUUUCAGCUGCUCCCCACUACCAGGACCGUCCUGGCAAGGCUUGGGUGGUGGCACGACCCGGCCGGUGACUUCUUCCAGAGGCGCGACAGUUACCAGCAGAUACGCAGCUAUCAGCUGGGUGCCGAUGCGGCGGAGGUGCUCCAUGAGUGGCUGUGCGACUGGUACCGGCGCCGUGGCUUGGCACAGUGUGGCAGGGUCGCGAAAGACCUGAGCCGAAACCUGGAGGAGGACUCCCAGCUGGCCCAAGGCUUGCAGCUGCCGCCGCCUCCUCCCAACACGUUGGCGGUGUUUGCGGGCCAUAGGCUUGCUUGGAAAGGAGCUAAGGACGUCGUCGACCGCCGCUCUGCCAUGGUCACUGGUUGUUCCUUUUGGCACAAGCAGAAGCGCAGGAGCCAGCGCGAGCCCCGGCCGCUUUCGGAGGCGUGCCUUUGUGGACAGCUGAAGCCCUCGAGACCUCACUUGCUGUGGAACUGCGAAGCAACGGCGGACUGCAGGAGCGAAGUGCGGAUGCCACAGAACCGCAUGGAGGAGCGGCUUCUCGCUGUCGCCGUGCCGGAGACCCCCAAGCCACCCAUUGUGUUGGACUAUGAGGGCUUCAUUGCGGACAUCGCGGAGGUCCUGACGGCGCACCUUGAGGCCGAGGGCCGCGUGACAGUGGCCACCGAUGGGAGCGUCGUCGACAACGUGGCGGCGUUCUCUGUGGUGAUCGAGGGCGAGGCUCACCCUUUCUCCCUGGGCGUGGCAGGCGAGGAUCAGUCCUCCCAUCGUGCAGAAGUGGAAGGCCUGGUUGCGGUGCUCAAGGCUUUGAACCAGACAGCCUGUCGAGGCCGGGUCCUCUUGAUCUCUGAUUGUCAAUCUGCGCUGCGGGUGAUACAAGGAGGCGGCUCUGCGGCUCUCUUGGCCACCAAGGCAUUGCAGCUGUUGCGGGCGGCUCAUGCCCAACUGGACCUGAGUCUGUGGUGGGUGCCGUCGCACGGAAAGUUGGCGCCGUCGAGGUGGACACCGCCCCCAUGUGGAGAGAUGAUUGGACGGGCUCUCAAUGCACAGGCGGACCGCUCCGCCCGAGAUCGCGCUUCGGCACGUGCUCAAGGUAGUGAUCGCCAGCUUUGCCUCCGGGCGCGCGAGCAGGCCAUGCAGUGGGAGCAGAGCGCGCAGCAGGUCCUGAACCGAUGUGCGCGGCGCUGGGCCGACGCCUGA